AUGAAGUUCUCCGCCGUCAUCCUCUUCGUUGCUUCCGUCGCCGCCGUUGCUCUCGAUACCGAUGUCCCUCCUGCACUCAGCCAGCCUGGUCGCCGUGGUGUUGACUGUGGGGCUUGCGACAGACUGAACUUUUGCCCUGGCAAGCCCAACAACAAUGUCGAGUGCGAGCUUGACGGCUGCUGCAAGAACUAUUAUUAUUUUUAA